AUGAAGGUCCCCAGCUUAGAUGGAAAUGGCAAGCCAACGGCCACGAUGUCAACGGUUCAAGUUAGGUUCGAAGUUGAGGCACUUCUUGGUGCGGCAACUUUGACCAAGCGCCACGUAGUCAAGGUUGCGAAGGGGAUUGCUUUAUGCACUUGCAAAACCAGACAGUACCACUUGAGCGCUUGUCGGCAAGUAGCUCUGUUUAUUGGUCACACAUCCAAAGGAUGUCUAGAUGCACCAGAUGGUACUGUGCUAAAAAGUUGGAGUAUUCAAGCGCCAAAAAAAAAAUUAAAAAAAAAAAAUAGUGUGCAGGAACAACAAGACGGAGACGAGGCAGCACAAGGAAUUGGUCAAAGGACAAAGCACAAGGCGAUGACACCGCAUGCGCCUCAAUGCAACUUGAGCUUUUCUUGCACUAUACUCAAUCAACGACAAACUGUGGCUCGUUUCGUCUGCUUCUCCUUUCAACGCACAGUAUGCCAGGUUCGGAACCUUUCUUCCGGUGCCUGGGAGGGUGAUGAUGUGUGGUGA